AUGGCGAUGCUAGCUUCGAAAUCGCCUUUCCAAACGAAUCUGGGAUCGAACUCCUCGAACCUCUCUUCAUCCCCAUCUCAGUCAAAUAUGCAGUCCAUCCGCCGGGCACCUGCCAUUGUGACCUCGAACCAGUCCUUCGGCAGCCCGACAGCGUCGGAAUUUUCUGACGCCGAGUCGCCAGAGUCAGCAAAGAACUGGAACGAGGACAGAGUGUGUGACUGGCUGGUCAGUGUGAACUGUGGAGAGUACGUGAAGAUAUUCCGGAAGAACAACAUCAAUGGAGAGAAUCUACUGGAGAUGGACAAGGCGGUGCUGCAGGAGAUGGGCAUUGACAAGAUCGGGGAUCGAGUGAGACUAUUCCUCAACAUCAAGAAAUUGAGGACCAAGGCCUACGCCAACCAGAAGAAGAGGAAUAGAGACUCCUUCGCUGGCCUCGAACACUAUACACCUCCCGCUACUGGCUCACCGAGACCACACAACGCUGCCACGAGAGCGGUUCCUACAGCACCUUCCAACAAGCGAUACUCGAGACAAUUUGAGGGCUUCGUUCCUGGCUUCACUCCAGCUGCCGCCAUUCGUGAGAAUGCCAGCAGACCACAAUCGCGACCGAGCUCCCCGCUCACUACUGGGUCUGAGGCACGGGUUGCCCGACAGCCCAGAUAUGGCUAUGGUGUCCUAAGUCCUGCGGAGAUAUCAAGAAGGGAGAGCGUCCAGGGCUUUCACAACGGGUCAAGCAACCCGUCAAGCGCAGUAUCGACCAGUGGCAGGCGCCCAAUUACACCUGGAGACGCGCAACCGCAAACUGCUCGUUUGCUCAACAACAACAAUAACAACAGCAGCAGCAGCAGCAGCAGCAACAACAGCAACGUCGCCCAUAUGCGAAGCAAUUCAAGCAUCGAUGGCUCAAUGAUGACUCAAUUACCGCAAAACCAAGACAUCAUCCGAGUCAUCUCGACAGGUGGAUUGACAAAGGUCGUGCGGAUUCUGGAUUGCCAGUCUUGUGAGGAGGUGAUGAGACUGACGCUGAGGAAGUUUGGGUACCGGGAAGAUCACGACAGGAAUUACUGCUUCUACGUAUUGGCUGGGGUUGACCCCGACCCGAGCCAAUGUCGACGGAUCACCGAGGCCGAGCUCUGGCGAAUCAUCAAGGACCAGAAGAGACCGGAGCGAAAUCGUCUGAUUCUUCGGAAGAUACACCAGGGCGAGCCGGGCGAGGCCGAACUACAACGGGCAGCAAGUAUCGCUGUUGAAGAAGCCGCUGCCAACCGAAACCGCGUGCCCGAGACUGUGGACCGGCGAAGUCAGGUGAAGGUUCAGCAAGUUCUGGGGGAGAGCCUCAACGACGGACCACAGCAUCCACUGUCGCCUGCCUCUUUCCAAUCCGGGAACUCGGCCGUCUCUGCAGGUGAACGUGAACGUAAUGUUCAUAAUACGGCCAACGCUCUAGAACGGCCCCCGUCCAUGGAGCAACCAACAGGCACCUCAAGAUCUCGACCCCCUGGGAAGAAGGGCGUGCUGCGACAAUUCUUUGGCCAGAGACCUCCCAGCGAGUUGAUCACGUCAGAUCUGACAACGUACUUCCCGGACCAUCCUCGAGAGGAAAUUGACCGUACUGCCCGGCUCUCGCUACGGCGAUCGACACGCUUGAGCAAGGUCAACAGCCGUCUAAGCGUCGCAAGCAACCUCAGCUAUACGUCAAGCAUUGCUGACGCACCUCCCAUGCCGACAAUCGCCGAUACCUGGCUGAGUGGGGGCAGCCAGCUCGCCAAGGUCAAACCGCUGGAUCUUGGCAGACUCAACAACCGAUACCGAGAUUCGGUUGCAUCGUCGAUGCUUGAGCGUGUGCAAGAGGAACAAUCGCCUUCCGAGCCCAACAGAAAGUCAUACGUCUCUUUCCGAGACAGUGGAUCGGACAGCUCGAAUGUGAAUAUCACGGAUCCCGAUGGCAACAUCGUCCAGAGUAGUUUCUUCGAGGAUGGCAGCACCGAAGCCAGUGGCUCUCUCAGGGAUAUCAGCCAAGCCUUGGACGAAGACGGAGAGGACGAGGAUGAAGAACUGCAAAGUUUCCUUGCCGGUGACUCAUGGGAUGAUAGCAAGUGGAUGAAGGGUGCGCUCAUCGGGCAGGGCUCAUUCGGUAGUGUCUACCUGGCUCUCCACGCUGUCACGGGAGAACUUCUGGCCGUCAAGCAAGUCGAAGCUCCAUCCCCUGCUUCAAACAGCCAGAAUGACGCACGGAAGAAGAGCAUGAUCGAUGCUCUGAAACGCGAGAUUAGUCUUCUGAGAGAUCUUCAACACCCUAACAUAGUCCAAUAUCUCGGAGCCAGCUCGUCAGCUGAACACUUGAACAUCUUCCUCGAAUACGUUCCCGGUGGAUCGGUGCAGUCCAUGUUAAACUCAUACGGAGCACUGCGGGAGCCUCUCAUUCGCAAUUUCGUGCGACAGAUCGUUACUGGUCUUGCCUACCUGCACGGCCGUGAGAUCAUCCACCGUGACAUCAAGGGAGCCAAUAUUCUCGUCGAUAACAAGGGGGGCAUCAAGAUCUCCGAUUUCGGUAUCUCGAAGAAGAUCGAAGCCUCUAACCUCCUCGGCGGAGCUGGCAACAACAAGAACCGACCUUCACUUCAAGGCUCAGUCUUCUGGAUGGCGCCUGAGGUCGUGAAACAGACAUCGUAUACUCGCAAGGCCGAUAUCUGGUCUCUCGGCUGCCUGAUUGUCGAGAUGAUGACCGGCAAUCAUCCCUUCCCUGACUGCUCCCAGCUUCAAGCCAUCUUCAAGAUUGGCGGUGCUAAGAACAGUCCAACCAUUCCCGAUCAUGCUAGCGAAGAGGCUAUCGUGUUUUUGAAGUCGGCUUUCGAGGUGGACCACACCAAGCGACCCAGCGCCGAAGAGCUUCUCUUCAGUCCCUUCCUCAACUCCAUGACAUGA